AUGUGCCGAGAACGAUUGGAGUUCAGGGAGGGGUCGGAGGAGGCACUCGAGGAUGCCGAACGGGCCGUGAAACGGUGCGCCGACCCACCGCCGGUCACUGACGCCGAGCGAGGGGAGCGAGGUUACGCCGGCAGGAGGGGUAAGGACUUCGACGCGCAUCCGAAGGUGGACUUGUUCAGCACGGCCGAGCAGCCGGCGGUGGGGUUCGAGGAGAGUUCGGUUCCGGUGUGCGUGGAGUGCGUGGGGGUGUGCGUGCACGGGGAGGGGGGACCGUCGCAGUCGGCUCCGGUGCUCAGCCUCUUCGCCAAGGGCGUGCAGCGGACGGCGCCCAGGGUCCUCCGAGCGGACGAACGGGUCCACGACCCCGUGAUCACUGCUCUGCGGAACCCACUGCGGUCGAGCCAGAUGGGGUUCUCCGACUUCAGGGAGUUGGGCGCUAGAGGCAGGUUCCUAGCCCCCUGCCCGAAAGCUCCACCCCCUUGUCUCACGACGUGGAGGCUGACGCCGGAGAAGGGCGUCACCAUCUACGACGCGCAGUGGACCCUCGAGACGCAGGUGUACCACUACACGUGCAAUUGCGAGAAGAGGCACACGGUCCACUUCGACGGCGAGCACUUGCAGCUGUACACCUACAGCAGGGGCAUCAUCCUGACCCAGCGGUGCUGCGAAACGUUUCUGGCGGGCCUGCAGGGGGGGAGCAACUUCAGCCGGCAGAGCGAUCUGUUCAAGAGCGUGAGCUCGAAGUUCGGGCCAUCUACGCGGCUCGAUGAGAAGACUUUACGAGAGGCUGCGAUGGGCUACUUUGCGCUGAAGCAGAAGCACGAGGAGCCGCGCUGUUGUUCCCUCUGCGGGCAUCAUCCCAAGUAUCUGAUCUGCGACGGACUCUUCGGGUUGGCGAACAAGGACGGCAGCGAGCGCAAGGGGGGCAUCGCUUCCACCACUCAGAACGGGCGAGCCAGCUUCACGCACCCAGAUAAGCGGGACGGUGUGCCCUUCCAGAAGACUCGGACGCCGGGCGUGCACUAUUCGGGGGUCAGCCCGGGCGGGUCGUUCACGGUGAGGCGGGUGGUGCCCGAGGACACGCUCCGAAGGCUGCUGGCGCGCUUGAGCCAACACCGGCCGUCCGCUCAGCACGACCCCGACGAGGGAGUGAACAAUCCUCCGACGAGAGGAGAACCUCUGAGCGUGCACCAGUACUACCAAGUGCUGCUGACGGGUCUGACGGCGAAGAGGCACUAUGCGAUGCGAUGGUUGGUCGAGGGGAUCGAAGCCGAGGCAGAAGCGGGGCGUAUGCCAACUGAUGAUCGAAAUACGCUGGUCGUCCUAAAACGGUUCCCCGAGCGGUGGAAAGAGAUCAUGUACGAUCUCAACAGCCACGACGAGGACAGUAAGAUUUUGCAGACGGAACACUCCCUCAGGGUGGCUAGACGGAUCGUGCUCGGCGAAAGGGUCACCGAGCAGGAUCGGCUGGAUUGGGGGGAGAACAGCCCGAUACUGCGCCGGCUCCUCGACUCUUACGAGGGACGGCUGCCGUCGUUCUUCAUGGGCGUGUUGAAGGCGCUGUACAAGUCGAGCAUCUAUGGGAGAGGGGGCGUUGCGUAUCCCGAGUGGACCAGAGAGGCGUGGCGGAUCUUCCAUGACUCGUCGUGGUGGUGGGACCCGCAACCACAGUGGUGGAACCCGAACCCACAGUGGGACGCGAACCCGAACCCACCCCCCCCGGAUCCCGAGAGAAGAGCGGCGGCGCACAGGGCGAUGGAUGCGCUCGAGCGUUUCUCCAACACCGCGGAGCUUCUGGGCGAGGUCGAGCGGGGAUUGCUCAGGGAGAAUCUGGGGGAGACGGGGCCGGCGCUGGACGACUUCACUUCGGAUGGGGAGGACCUGUGCUGGUACCCGUUUUGGGAGAAGAAGCGGCCGCUGCCUUUUUACGCGGAGUUCGAGACGGACAGCGGAAAGUCCAGCACGGCCGAGGCUCGGUGUGCGGGGCACGAAUCCGCGAAGCCGAGCAAGCUGCCUCACACCCGCGGACUCUACGUGUGGUGCUGCCCACAUCGAGUACUCUACGGCAUCCACAUCAUGCUGCGGGGAGAGACUCUAGUCAUGGCGCCGCCGCACCAGGCGAAUAGAGCGAACAAACUGCACAAGGACUGGCCCGUGCCGGGGGUCGAACAGAAGAGGAAUGGAGAGUCGUGGAUGGAUUAUACGGUGCGACUCAGCGGCAAGCUGGCAGAGAUGUUUCCGCUCCAACCUGGAAGUCCGAUCGAGCAGCAGGCUCCCGGCAACCUCGCUCAUCGGAUGUUCGAUGCGAUCAGCAGGGCGAAAAAGGAACGGCGCGACGGCGGGGAUGCCGAGGACAUCCUGAAGGCGCUCGUCCGAGUGCUCAGGGGUCUGAUGUCGUUUACGGGCGGGCCCCAGGCGGCGGUGAGAGCCUUGUGGACCAGAAGUACGACCCCCGAGGCAGCGCAACUCCUGGGAACGUACGAGGAAGCGACGGCCGCCCUCCGGGGGCGGUUCAACCUCAAGGAAUUCACAGACGCGCUCCACGCGGCGUUCCGGACGGACGACGAGAUGGGGAACGCCUCGGCCGGCCGAAGCGGGGAAAGAUUCAGAGCGCUCGUCCGACUGCUCGAUGGUCUGGUCGGGUUUUCGGACGUGUCCGGGAGCGGGCCCAAGGACGCUCUGGCAGCCAUGAAAGCCCCAUUCAGGACGCCCGAGGCGGCGGAACUCGGGCAAAAGUACGACGAAGCGAGGGCCGCCAUCGGAGGUGAGUUCCAACUCGACGGCUUCUUGCUCAAGCUCCAGGCGGCUUUCCGGACGGACGACGAGAUGGGGGACGACGAGGAGAGCGCCAGGUGCCACAAAGAAUUGGAGUCGUACAAGAUCGCGCUCGGGUACCUCACGGACCUCUUCAAGCCCGACGCGGUCGCCCUCGUCACCGUCUACCGCACCGCGAACGAAGCCCUCGCGAAGCUCGCCGAAGGGCAUCGGGUCGAUCUGGGCGCCUUCCUACGGACGAUGUGGGCGGUAUGCCCGCAGCAAACCGAAACGUUGUUGACGGAUCUGAUCGACGGCGACCUCGCCGGCCUUCCCGAUCGCGCCCGAGGGCUCUUGGAACGCGUGUGCCGGCCGGGACAGCACGAUCAGCGGGUCGCAAACACGUGUGACUUCCUCAAGAAGAUCAUCGACACCGACCACGUUAUCGCGGCGCUGAUAGGAGGCACCGGGGCGAACGCGUACGCCGAUCGACCGGCUCACGUCCGUGCGGACGUCCUGAUGACCGGCCUCGACUCGCUCCUUCAUAGAAACGAUCUCUCUCCGGAGGCGAGCAGCCUCGUCGCGUCGGUCGGAGCGGUCGCGAGGCAGCGAGAGCGUUACCGCCUCUUCGCCCUGGCCGCGCCAGACGGGCCGGAGGCCCUCAUGGCGACCCUCGGGCCUCGGGACGUCCUCGAAGCCGAGCUCGGUGCGAAGGGCGUGGCGGAUCUCGUUCCGGUGGUCGGACGUCUGCGGUCGAGCGCUGCGCUGUACGCAUCCGUCCGCAAGGUAUUCGAAGACACACAAGCGGCGGUCGCGCGCUCACCGGUCAACGACCCCGUGCGGGCGGUGCGAGCGGACCUCAAGGCCUUCUGCGGGAGCAUCACGGCGGUGUCGGAUGCGAUCGAAGCGGCGCGCCCCACUCACGAAGACAUACUGCGUUGGUUCUACGAGCAAACCCGGCGAGCGUGUCGAGUCUACGAGGUCGCCGACUACCUGCGCGAUCCUGCUUCCUCGAUCAUAGGGGAGGAGUCGGGCGCGCGCACGGAACAGGUCAGCCAAACUCGUGCGGUUCUCCAGGAAAAGGACCCAUACGUCCGCGAGUGGUUCGACGAGAUCACGAACAAGCUCGCGCCGCUGCACGACGGCGUCCGGGGCAAGAAUCGGCUCGUGAGCGCCAUCGGCCUCCUCACGGGCCCCGAUCCACCCCCGUCGGAAGACUAUCGGCGGGUCGAGCUCCUGCGGAAUGCGUUUUCCCGGCCCACCGAGCUGAAGAUCGCUUCAAACGCCGCACGCGGGACGGGCUUCGACGCCCUCCUGGCAUCCAUCCAUGCUCUGUACGAGCAAUGCCGCCUGUACAAGAAUGGCCUCAUCAACCUUCCCUCCAUGGCCCUCCUGAACGACGCCAAGGCCAGAGAGAACUCGUUGAGAGGACUGCUGGGCGACGAGGAGUACGUUGCGUUCGUCGGCGCUUACGAUAAGCUGAUGCGCGUGCUCGCACCGACUGGACCUCCUCCGCCCGCGGUCACCAAUGGCAUCAGCCCCCCGGAAGACGUCGAACUCGGCGUCGAUAUGUACGACCCAAUCUGGACCUCCAAGGCACGAGAGCGAAUCGACGGGAACAUCGCACGGGUUCUGCCCAUGACGGCACAGCUCUUCCGGAGUUGGGCGCGCGCGGCGGACGAGGAGAGACGCGGUCUGUACGAGCUGUUCGGUCCCUCGGCCCGUUCCCGGCUGGCCCCGGACGACGGCGCCUCCGCUCGUCUCGCUUGGAGUGGACUCGUCGCUGAGAUCGUCGAAGCGAUCGCCACCAAUGAUGCGGAACGUCUCCGACGCGCCACGUUAGUCGCCGGCCCGACCCUCUCGCAGCUCGUAGAAGCGGUCGAGAGAGGCGAGGAAGCGAACAGGCGGGUCGUAGCCCUCGUCUGCGCGAACGUGCCGGCACCGGCCGCGGUCGACCCUCAGGACGCGAUCCGACGGAUGGAGCACCUCUACGCCGAAACCGGGCUGGAAUCGAUCGACGAGAUCGUGGACGAUCACGGGAAGCUGGUCGAGGACAUAGAUGAGAUCUUGAGAAACUUGGAGAACUACGGCUUCGAGAAGACCAGUUGCUCCGGGGGCGAACGCGAUGCCGACUGCGCCAUCCGGUUCCUGCAGACGAACUCCGUCCGGUUCCUGGCAUCCGGGGCCGUGCUCGAGAAGCUCGAGGAGGCGUUCGACGCGCACGGGGUGCUGCUCCCGGCCGCCAUCCAGGCCCUAAAAGAGCACAUACGGUUGAGUGUGGGGGACGGUGAUGGUUUCAAGAGACGCUGCGAGGAUCUGGCCGCGAAGUUGGAGCUCUGCGCCGGCAUGGUCCACGGCUCAGACCUCGACCUGGUGGCCCUCCGAAACACCCUGUAUGCGGAGCCGGGCCUCUGGAAGUUUAAGUACAAAGUCCUUCCGGAAGAGAUUAAGUUCCUCCUCGAGUCUGCCCGGAACGUCCGGGGGCAAUGUCUCACCCGCCUCGGAAAGGGAGACGCCGACACGCCGCUCUCGCCCGAGACGACGCUCUUGACGCUCACGCCCCAGGUCCUGAACGCGCGCGGUGGGGCGCCCGUCGCCCUGGAGUGCCCGGGGCUCGUCAGGCUCGUCUGCGGCACCGACAUGCGGACCGCGGCGGAUGCGGAGACGCUCGUCGCCGCAUUGCUGACCGAGACGGGCCAGAACAACGUGGCGGACGCGACCGCGCUGCUCCGCGAGCUCGACGGGGAGGUGGCCAUGGGAUACGGUGCGCCGGAGAAGCGAAAUACCAGGUCGACGGUGGAGCUCCUGAAAAGACACAGGAACUCGUACCACGAUGCGAGGCAGGUCGUCGAGUAUCUGCGGACCAUCGCUUCGAGCGCCGUCCAGCCGCCCACGUUGACGACGCAGACGGCCUCGAUAGCCAUGCAACAGGUCGUGGCGGUGUCGGACGGGAUCGUCCGGAUCUCGGGCGACCUGGAAAGCGCCGCGCGGAUACUAUUCGACGACACGCCGUCCGCUCCUCCUCAGAACCCGGGCCCCGUCCCUCUCAUGCUCACGCAGCUACGCGCCGUCACGUCGUGCACGACGGCGGGCGCGGCGCGCCUCAGAGGCCGUCUGACUGGAGCGCUCGGAGUCGAUCCCGCGCAGACGGUCGAGAGCCUCGUCGACACGGCAUCACGACGCCUGGCGAACGGAGGCCAGCAGCUCGCCAGCCUCACCACGCAGAAGACGGAGCUCGAGGACCGCCUGAAGAGGAGCGAGGCGGAUAUGCUAGAGAGCGAGCGCCGGCUGCAAGGGACCGAGGGUCAGCUCCGGGAGGCCGACGCGUCCCUGAAGAGAGUCGGCGACGAGCUGAAGGCAUGUCGAGAUGCAGGGGCCGGUGCCGGCAAUGCAGAGCGCGUGCGUGUGUUGGAGGCGUCGCUUGAGGACUUCCGGGCGGCGAGAGAAAAUUCCGCCGCGGAGGUCGGCAGAUGCCGAGACGAGUGGAAUAUGAGGUACCGGGACCACGAGAUGCGGACACGGGAGUUGGCGAAGGCGAUGGAAGCAGAUUGCGUCAAGUGCACCGCUUCCGGGUUCACGGCGGUGGUCGACGCGUUCUGCGAAGCGGUGGCAGAACCGUCCGCCGCCCCCACGGCUGCGCCGGCGGGUGGCGCGUCCUCCAGGGCCUUGGCGUCCACCGUCAUGGCGGUGUACGUCGCGGGCUGCGCCUUCCUAUCGAUCGAGCCGUCCGCCGCCUGGUCGUUCUGCUCCGAGUCGCUGUCGUGCUGCUCCCUCGCUGCCUUGAGGUCCUCCUUGGCUACGUGGGCGUGUUCGCUCUUCUUUCCGUGUCGGGUGCGGUGCCUUCCUAGAUGA